AUGUUUAGAUCAAAUAUUAGGAAUAGUUUCACACUUCAAGAUAUGAUGGACCCAUUGAUGGACAGUUUAUUAGACACCCAGUGGAAACUGGUAACAACAGAGACCAGAGGCGAUGGUUUCAAAGAAUACAAGUUAAUGAGACAACAUGCACCAGAAGGUAAAAAUGGAUUCCGAUAUUUAAUACAAGAGGAGGAUAACGACCCACAACGUGUUAUUAUGUUGGGAUGUAAGGAAGGUCACGAUCCACUCAAAGAUAUUGGUACAUGCGAACUCAAGCUUAAUGGAGAUGGCAAGGAAAUCAUUGGAGUUGAUUUAGACGGUGAUGCUGCUGUAAAAAUAGCGUAA